AUGGGUCACUACACUCUACCCAUCUGCUCUCCUCCUUUACAGACACGCAUUGAGUGCAUUUUAUUGAACGACGUUGACUCGCAUGAUAAAAGUUACCUCCACUUAGGAGGACUCCGUACUGCUCUAUACAACUAUCUUCUGGCCAAGUCAAGCAAUGGGUCUUUCAUCCUGCGCAUUGAAGACACAGACAGUAACCGGUUUGUGCCUGGUGCUGCUGAAUCUCUGUACAAUAUGCUCAAAUGGGCACAAAUUUUGCCUAAUGAAGGGUAUGGUAUAGGUGGAUCAAGAGGACCUUAUGUGCAAAGUGAAAGAAGGCAUCUUUAUCAGAAAUAUGCGUUGGAGCUAGUGGAACUUGGUUCUGCUUACAGAUGUUUCUGUUCCCCAAUGAGGCUUGAAAUUGUGCGGAAGGAGAGUCACAAGACUGGCUACACAGCUGCUUAUGACAACAGGUGUCGAUGGCUCACCAAAGCAAAGUCAGAUGAACUUCUAUCACAAGGCACGCCAUAUUGCAUACGAUUGAAGUUAGCCGAAGUACCCCCGUGGCAAGACACUGUGUAUGGUUCAGUCUACCAUGCGGUCCAACAAGAAGCCGACCCUGUCAUCCUGAAAACUGAUGGACAAGCGACCUACCACCUAGCAAAUGUGGUGGACGACCACCUUAUGGGCAUCACUCACGUGGUCAGGGGUGACGAGUGGUUAUUGUCCACUCCUAAGCACCUUUUAAUGUACAGAAUGUUUGACUGGAGAGCCCCUGUAUAUGCUCACUUGCCCCUGCUACUCAACACUGAUGGCUCCAAGCUCUCCAAGCGCCAGGACAACCUCAGGGUGGAAGAACUGCGGCGUGCAGGACACUCAGCUCGUACCCUCAUCAACCUGGUACUGGGCAGCGGCUUCAGGGGCAGAGAUCAGGACACCAUAUAUAGCCUUGAUCAGCUCGUUGAUAUGUUCUCCCUGAAUUGCGUGACGAAGCAGAACGCAAAGGUUGACAUGGACCGCCUGAGUAGCUUGAGUCAAGCAGAUUUCAUCCGCAGUGUUUCUGAUGCUGCCGAGAAAUCAGACACGGUGCAACGCUUGCAGUCUAUGGUCCGGGAACAAUUUGGAGACGGCAGCCCUGCUGCAGAUAGUAGCUACGUUAGCCGAGUGCUGGACGCGUUUCUAUCACGUCCAGUAGACCGACUGAGUCAGCUACUGGACCAGGACCGAGCAUAUCUCUGGGCCUCUCCCCAACCCUUGCAUCUCUCCGACCACCAACGUCUGGUCGUGCAGGCAACCCAUGACGCUUUGGUAAGCGUCGAUGCAAGUAACUUCAACAAAACUCAAAUUCGCGAGCAACUUCAAGCUGCGCAGAAGCUGCUGCAACCUCCUGUUAAAACCGCCGCUUUUAUGCAGCUUCUGCGAGAAGUGCUCUGUGGCACCAAGCAAGGAGAACCUGUGGCUGAAGUGCUAGAGAUUCUAGGGCGGCAAGAAUCACUCCGACGGCUUCACAACGUUCUUUAAUUAAAAUCCCCAAUAAAUUAUAAAUUAUGCGACCGGCAUAAAUGGUCAGUACGCUUGAAAGAUAUGAAUUAGGUCAAGUAUGUAGAGGAAAUCUGUAUUAAAUUCUCGUCAGUGAUUAAUCAUGUUCCAUUUACUGUUAAUUGUUACAGUUAAAAGAUGAUUUGAAAGCUACUACAUUGAAUAAAAGAAUCAUCUGGAAAAGUUCAAUUUCUGCUUGAACAACGAACAGUUCUUUAGUUGCCUGAUUUAUAGUCAUAGUAACUAGUAAGCAUCGUAGUUUAAUAAAAGCGAAAACUGAUUCGUUUAAUAUCUUCAAAGUUGACCCAUUUUUUCACCGCCACAAUGAAAAGUUAGGUUCCCGCAGGUACAGACACCGAUAAAAAUUUCCUGUGGAAACUUAAAUGAAACUUAACGCGUUCCGUAACGCGUUGUUAUUUGUGUGCAUCUUGAUGAUGGACUUCCAAGUUUAUUAAUAAUUGCACUCCCAGUUUUCUUUUUGAAUCUAUUGUAGUUUCAAUGAACAUGUGCACAUAAAUAAACUUAUGUUAACCCC